AUGAAAUACAAAACACAAAACUUAUAUCUAAUCACCCAAUUAUUUGACAAUUUAGAGCCUAGACUCAAUGUCUUCCUCAAGCACACUGUCACAUGCACAGCAGUACCUGUAAUAUUUCUCACUACUACUAUGCAAGAUGGCCCAGUUGCUCUUUCCACAAAUGUUUGGAGUGUUCAUCCAUCAGGUCUCAGGGGUUUGGUGCCUAGUCAAUACACCAAUCAUCAUCACCUCUUUGUCAAGAAGACAUUUUUUGAAAUUACACUGGCCUUAACGCUGCAUGAUUCAUUUUUUUCUCCCCUCAUCAUCAUCUCCAUCAAUUUAAGGAGAUGGGGUGCAUUCAAUGUGCACAUCCUAGUGAAGUGUGACGACCACUGGAUCAUGUCACCAAACACUGACUAUGUUCCCCAACCCUUCAUCUUUGAUGGAGAAACAAUCAUGCCCCUGUGCAAUGGACAGUUCGGCCAUAUAGACUGUUUUCAAUGGCCACAGCUGUUUGCAGAACACUACACAUGGAGUCUGUGUGUCCCCCAGAAAGUGGCCUAUGGAAAUGACCCAAUGUGGAAGUGGCUGUGGUGGAACAUUACCCAGUCAGCAGAGGAUUUUGUGCUGGAAAGAGGGUCUGCCUUCAAAGUUGGCAGGAUUCAUGCUGACAAGUGGAAGUCGAUGGAGACCAUUUAUAAUUGA